AACACAUCGCAAAACCACGGGAGGAGCCAGUCGAGAGCCAGCCGAGAGCCAGCCGCACAGAUCAGGCUAACGUUGUAUGACCGGGCACAUUCUUCACAAGAACCCAGAGACUAGAACCCGGGUCCCUGCCGAGCCGAUCCCGGACAAGGUCGAGUGCAACCGAGGAAGCAGUGAGCACCGCAUCACGACCACAACAACAACAGCUGCCAACAUGGACCAUCGCCACACGCAGCAGAAAGCCGGCGAGCAGCAGCUCAGCGAACCGGAGGACAUGGAGAUGGAAGCUGGGGAAACAGACGACCCUCCAAGAAUCCCGGCCAACGCAGCGAUCAAUGGUAGUAACGUGGCCAUGGCAGAAGGACACAACACAGAGGACGACAUGGAGGAUGACGCCAGUUGGCGGUCAGAGGCGACUUUCCGCUUCGUGGUCGAGCGCUUUAGCCGCCUGAGUGAGUCCGUGCUCAGCCCAUCCUGCUUUAUCCGGAACCUUCCAUGGAAGAUAAUGGUGAUGCCGCGCUUCUACCCCGACCGGCCACACCAGAAGAGCGUGGGCUUCUUCCUGCAGUGUAACGCAGAGUCAGACUCCACGUCCUGGUCAUGCCACUCUCAGGCCAUGCUGAAGAUCAUCAACUACAAAGACGACGAGAAGUCCUUCAGCCGCAGGAUCAGUCACCUGUUCUUCCACAAAGAGAACGACUGGGGCUUCUCCAACUUCAUGUCCUGGAGUGACGUGACCGACCCAGAGAGGGGCUUCGUCGAUGAUGACAAAGUCGCAUUUGAAGUCUACGUCCAGGCCGAUGCCCCACAUGGAGUGGCAUGGGAUUCAAAGAAACACACCGGCUAUGUUGGGCUGAAGAACCAGGGAGCUACCUGCUACAUGAACAGCCUCCUACAGACGCUCUUCUUCACCAACCAGCUACGACUGGCGGUGUACAUGAUGCCCACGGAUGGAGACGACUCGUCUAAGAGCGUUCCCCUGGCUCUGCAGAGGGUUUUCUACGAGCUUCAGCACAGCGACAAACCCGUCGGCACCAAGAAACUCACCAAGUCCUUUGGAUGGGAAACACUAGAUAGCUUCAUGCAACAUGACGUACAGGAGCUGUGCAGAGUGCUCCUGGACAAUGUGGAGAACAAAAUGAAAGGCACCUGUGUUGAGGGAAAUAUCCCCGAUCUCUUCAGAGGAAAGAUGGUGUCGUAUAUCCAGUGUAAGCAUGUUGACUACCGGUCCGAUCGGAUAGAGGACUACUACGACAUCCAGCUUAGCAUAAAAGGAAAGAAGAACAUCAUUGACUCAUUCAAAGAUUACGUUGCAACUGAACAGUUAGACGGCGAAAACAAAUACGACGCAGGAGAGCACGGCCUGCAGGAAGCGGAGAAGGGGGUGAAGUUCCUCACCUUCCCUCCAAUCCUCCACCUGCAGCUGAUGAGGUUCAUGUAUGACCCGCAGACCGACCAAAACAUCAAGAUUAAUGACAGGUUUGAGUACAUGGAGAAGUUGCCCCUCGAUGAGUUCCUCCAGAAGACGGACUCCAAGGACCCGGCCAACUACAUCCUGCACGCCGUGCUGGUGCACAGCGGGGACAACCACGGCGGUCACUACGUCGUCUACCUGAACCCGAAAGGAGAAUUAAAAGUGAGCGACAAGGAACCAAUCUGGUGCAAGUUCGACGACGACGUGGUGUCGCGGUGCACCAAGGACGAGGCCAUAGAGAACAACUAUGGAGGUCACGAUGACGACCUCUCAGUGCGCCACUGCACCAACGCGUACAUGCUGGUCUACAUCCGCGAGUCCAAGCUCGGUGAGGUGCUCCUGCCCAUGUCUGACGUGGACAUCCCCCAGCAGCUGAUGGAGCGCCUGCAGGAGGAGAAACGGGUAGAGGCGCAGAAGAGGAAGGAGCGCCAAGAGGCUCACCUCUACAUGCAGGUCCAGAUCGUAACAGAGGACCAGUUCUGUGGUCACCAGGGCAACGACAUGUACGAUGAGGAGAAGGUGAAGUACACCGUCUUCAAGGUCCUGAAGAGCUCCACGCUGCAGGAGUUUGUCCAGACCCUCUCUCAGACCAUGGGUUUCCCACAGGACCAGAUGAGGCUGUGGCCCAUGCAGGCCCGGAGCAACGGAACCAAGCGACCCGCCAUGCUCGACUACGAGGCCGACUGCAGCAAGUCGAUGAUCGAUUUGAGCGACAACGAGAACCCCUGGACAAUAUUUCUGGAGACGGUGGAUCCAGAGAUGGCGGCCAGCGGGGCCACAUUACCCAAGUUCGACAAAGACCAUGAUGUCAUGUUGUUCUUGAAGAUGUAUGACCCCAAAAUCAGAAGCUUAAAUUAUUGUGGACAUAUCUACACACCUAUAUCAUGCAAAAUAAGAGACCUUCUACCAGUCAUGUGUGAGAGAGCUGGGUUUCAGCAGGAAACUAGCCUUAUCCUCUAUGAGGAAGUAAAGCCCAAUCUAACGGAGCGCAUACAGGACUAUGACGUCUCUCUGGACAAGGCUCUGGAUGAGCUCAUGGACGGGGACAUCAUCGUCUUCCAGAAGGACGACCCGGAGAACGACAGCAGCGAGCUGCCCACAGCCAAGGAGUAUUUCCGGGACCUCUACCACCGGGUGGACGUCAUCUUCUGUGACAAGACCAUCCCCAACGACCCGGGCUUCAUCGUCACGCUCUCCAACCGCAUGAACUAUUUCCAGGUGGCCAAGACGGUAGCACAGAGGUUGAACACGGAUCCAAUGAUGCUGCAGUUCUUCAAGUCACAGGGGUACAGGGACGGUCCAGGGAAUCCUCUCAGACACAACUAUGAGGGAACGCUGCGGGACCUGCUGCAAUUCUUCAAACCUCGGCAGCCCAAGAAACUCUACUAUCAGCAGUUAAAGAUGAAGAUUACAGACUUUGAGAACAGGAGGAGUUUUAAAUCCAUAUGGCUCAACAGCCAGUUCAGAGAGGAGGAGAUCACCCUCUACCCUGACAAGCACGGCUGUGUGCGGGACCUUUUGGAAGAAUGCAAAAACACUGUGGUGCUCUCUGAAAAAGGCUCCGAUAAGCUCAGGCUGUUAGAGAUAGUAAGCUAUAAAAUCAUCGGGGUUCACCAGGAGGACGAGCUGCUAGAAUGUUUAUCUCCGGCUGCCAGCCGCACCUUCAGAAUAGAGGAGCUUCCUUUGGACCAGGUGGACCUGGACAAGGACAGUGAAAUGCUAAUCCCCGUCGCUCACUUCCACAAGGAAGUCUUCGGCACCUUCGGGAUCCCCUUCUUGCUCAAGAUCAGACAGGGCGAGUUAUUUCGGGAGGUGAUGAGGAGGAUUCAGACCAUGCUGGAAAUCCAGGAGAAAGAAUUUGAGAAGUUCAAGUUUGCGAUUGUGAUGAUGGGGCGGCAUCAGUACAUCACUGAAGACGAGUAUGAGGUCAACCUGAAGGACUUUGAACCACAGCCAGGUAACAUGUCCCACCCGCGGCCCUGGCUCGGGUUGGACCACUUCAACAAGGCUCCAAAGAGAGGUCGCUACACCUACCUGGAGAAGGCAAUCAAGAUCCACAACUAAAAAGCAGCCCGCCCUUCCUCUUUGUCCUCCUCCAUCCUUCUCCUCUUCCUCCUGCUCCCCUCCCCCUUCUCACACACCAUAACCACAGACUAACCGACCGUGUGUGUGCGUGCGUGAGACUGUGCGUGAGACUGUGUGUGUGCGUAUGUGUGUGUUCAUCACUAAACACCCUGCCCGGACACUUCCACAGCGACACUACGUCUCCAGCGAUGUGGAUGAUUUGCAGCUGACAGAUUAUCCUUCAAAACACAAAAUAAACUGCACCAACCGCCUCCCGACUGUUGAUAAUGUUGUUUAUUUUCUUUUUUUUUACUGUGUCCCUCCAUGUUUGAGGCUGUUCCGUUCUUUUCCCGGCUUCUCUACCUGUUGACUGCCUGGGUUUAUUUUUUUGUUUUGUUGCCUGUCUGGAAGUAAAAUUGGAUUUUAAUAUAAAAUGAGCGGAGAGAGGAAGUGGAGCGCAGUGUGAAUAUAAGUAUAUACAUCUGUGUGUGUAUGUUUAUAUUAACGUCCAGACUUCCUCCUCCCACCACUCACCAGAGUUUGUUGCCCCGUCAGAUCUUUUUGGGGGUUGUUCUUAAAGUUGUUUGAAGAGGCGUCGUACCGCGGAGAGUUUGAUGGAAGGAUGUUUGCGAGGACUAACUGACAAAGAGGGGGAGACAUUUUGUUUUUUUGCAACUGAACUAUCCUGAGGCUCACUAGUUACCCCGAUGUGGUUCUUUACACUUUUUUUGUUUUGUUGCUCCCUUCCUUUUUUUUUUUUUAGUGCAACAAAGCAAGUGUUUCUGAGUUUACGCGCAAUUGUUUCUCACUUUAGUUUGGUUGGAGGAAAAAUGAAUUCAUUUUUUUGUUUUUGUCUCUUUCUGCAGAUCUUGUAUAAUAACAAUUCACAGCAUCUGUUUAAAAAUAAAUGGGGGAAGAAAAAAAACAAACAAGGAGGAUAUUUGUCUGUAUUUCAUCUUGCACAUCGGCACUUAAUGUCCGAGGUUUCUCAGGACGGACACACGUACAUUCUGCUUGUGGUCGAGUUGCUCCGUGACUUUAAAGGAACACAUGCAAGGACAUUACCCCCUUGACUUUCUCUUCCUGGUUUGUUUAUCGGGAGGGGGGCAGUUAAUGUCUUAAUCAGUCAUUCCUCCUCUAAACACAAACACGAGCUUGGCCAUCUUCUCUCUCCAGUGAGAUCUGUCGCCCCCUGGUGGUCGGAGGCAGUAACUGCGCUGUGCUUGCUAGAGAGCUGCAGAACACUAGUUUGAAGAUUGUGUAGAGACAAAACCAGCAUUGUAAGAAACUUUAAUCCCUAUGAAUUCAUUUUUCUUUUUUAAAGCACAGAUGGAAUGCUCCCCUAAUAGUGCAUAGCAGGAUCUGUAAAGACAACAUUUAAGAAUUGUAUAUUUAAAAAAAUAUGAACGUGUAAAAUUAAAAGAGAAACACGCCUUUUGUUGUUAGGUACAGAAGGAGCCAGGUGUUCAUAUUUCUUGUGUGUAGGGUUUUUCUUUUUCUUGCGUUCCUGAUGUAACAUUGACGAUUUUUUUCUGUUGCAUUUUGGAUUUUCUUUUUUCUUUUUUUCCCCCAAAACUAACUGCAUUGGUUUUGUCUUAUUAAAAAAAAAAAGUGCAGUGCAACGAUAACCUGCAGAAUCACACCGUUAAUUUGAUCUUUUCCAGUUUAAAAUCCUCAGUGUAGCAGCAGUGUACGACAACUAUUCCUGUAUAUUGCCUUUUUGCUGGAAAAUGUAUGUUGAAUAAAAUUUUCUAUAAAAACCCAAA